UUGACAGCCAACUACACCAAGACUCACAGGAUGUAAGCCUCUUUUUGUGUCAUGCCAUCUUUUGAAGAGUACACCAUCAAGCAGUUGUCCCAAGUCUUUUUUUUUAGAGGCUCUCCAUGGAAAGGAAUUGUGAGCAUCUAAAUAUGUCUCCCCCCAGUUCCACAUGAUGUAUUUUUUCAGUUUGUCCCAGACUUGGAACAGGCAGUACUGAGAGACACCAGAGACUGCUGUAGUGGGAUAGACCAUAGAGCUAAAAGGGACAGCAGUUCCCGGCUGACUGCAGCAGAGGUCAUGGAGUCCACCAUGGGGGACUCUCCAGGGAGCAACGAAGACCUUACUGUAAAGAAGAAAUCAAAGUUCAAAAUUUUAAAGACGCGUCUGUUUGGGAGGAUGAAGUGGAGGGGCACUGGAGGAUCAAUAAAGCAGAGUCAGUCUGCCAGUGACAUCACUGCCCCAGAGGGUGUGAAAGCCGGAUACGACUUGGAGGAGGAGUUUAUCUACUCCCAAGGAACACUGAGCUCCCGUGCGCUGUCACACGACAGCAUCUUCUUCUCCAGCCAACCCCAGGCCUCUGAUGAACCAGAGAGGGUUGCAUCCCAGGAGAAUGUUCACGGAAGGGUAAAAGCUCUGCAGACCAGGCUGCUGCAGCAGAAUAUGCGAUUUGGUCCACUUCCUGUCACAGUCCUUACCCAGCGGAUGGAUGACGCAGGGGCGAGUUCCGAGGAUGACGGGUUACCCCGCAGCCCCCCUGACAUCUCCCUUCAUGAAGGCCUAAAGUACCCCGACCCUCACAGGCACCCUAGCUCUUUGAGUUUAGCGGGAACAGGAAGCGAAGAAGAGGAGCAGGGCCCCGCCCCUUCUUCGUCUCACCCUGUCUCACCAGUAAUCAGGUCACCCUCCCAGUCCACAAGACCACCAGUUCUGCCUCCUACUCGUAUUUCCUCACUUGCAGCGGACUUUGACACCCCCGCCCGGUUUGUUCCAUGCCUGGAUAACUCAGCAGCACGACAUCGAAUGUCAGUCAAGCCCAGAAACCAGCGUGCCAGUGCCAAGGGCAGGAGGGCAACCUCGAGUGUUCACAGGCUCCGCUCUGAGAGCUUGAAUGAUCUGGAGUGCCCUGCCCCAGAGAAGGAGGAUGAGGAGAGCCUGAGGAGAGAAGACUUCCAUAAGGAGAUUGUCCAUUGCCACUCUUACUCCACACAGGCUCUACGGUCACGGGAUGGGUCAGCUGGUGUUGAGGUGAAAAAUCUCCCCACAGUUGUGGUCCCAAGUGCUGAGGAGGAGAUCAGAGGGGGGUCUGAUACAGAGCUUCUGAAAAAUGAUGGUGUUCUUCUAGAGCAGCUCCCCAGUAUUGCACGGCCUUUGGAGCCUAUGGGAUGUAUCACAACCAACCCUGUCUUUCUUCAACCUGUGCCAGUUGCUUUGGAAUCUUUCCAGGAGGGAGAGCCAAACCCAGGAACUGUUACAGUGUCUCCUGUGUCUGCUUUGACUGAGGUACAGAAGCCACAGUCUGUGGUACAAGAGGCAGUGGUGAACAAGCCCCUCAGUCCAACCCAACCACGGGGCACCAAAGACUUAAUAAAGGAGAUCAUGCAAAAUUCCAGCCAUAAAUAUCCUCCUAGUUACACCAUACCAUCCAAAAGCUGUGUUUUGGAACAUACCUGUUCAAAACAGGACCAGGUGAGCUCUGGAGAAUCCAUACUUCCAAAUACCAGAGAUGUUCUGGGUAAUGAUUUCUGGGGCAUGACCCAGACAGUCCAAGUAGACCCUCCACUAAACCAUCAGUCAGUUGCUGCACCUUCUGCCCAAAAAUUCCUGCAGUCUGGAGACAGGAUAAAGACAUCACCUCUGAAAAAAAACACUGCAGUAUUUGCAGAAGCAACCAUGCAAGAGAGUGCAUCCACAGGCUUCAUCCAGCAGACUGUAGUGCCACUCAGCGGUCCAGAUGACCAACAAAACACAGAGGCUGUUAAACAUAGACAGCAAAGACCAAACUCUGGAUCAUCCAAAUUUUCAGUUUCCUCUGCCUGGGAUCGACCCAGGGCAAGCAGUUUCACAUGCUGUGCUGAGCAAACAGGGCCAAAGAAUGAAGAUAAGCUCCCAUCCAGCCACAAGAUCCAGGAACGACUUCUAGCUAAACAAGAACCACCUUCAAACCCAUUAUCAGGGUUGAAAGGUAAGGGAAGUCCCAUAGUUAACAUACCUCCAAACCCUAAGCUGCACCUGCAGUCGGCAGGAAGUUUAGAGACUGUCAGAGUGAAAGAUCUGUCCUGGAUCCCAGAGAAGAGGAGCACUUUGAGGAAAGGGGACACCGCCUCUAGAAGAGUGAAAGAAGAGACAGAUGCUGUUAAACCUGUGCAGUUCUUAGGACAUGCAGAUGGAGGGGCUGGUGGAGAGAAAAACAUUCAGGAGAAUGAACUCAGGAGUAAGCCAGAAACUGCUGAAGAGGACCCAGAAAUGAGAAACUCCUUUGGAGUAAAACUCCGGUCAACCUCCCUGUCCCUGAAGUACCGCUCUGAUGUGGCCCAGGCAGAGAUGAUGUCCAAGCGGCGCAGUGCAGAGGUCUGCCCUCCAGCCUCCCCACAUGGCCCCCAGACAUCCCCCCUAUCUCCAGCUCCAGUUAGGCCUAGAGGCUCCCAACCUCCUACAGAUGAAGAUAUGGAAAGUAGUCUUUUCAUGGACAACCUGACUGCAAAGCUCCCCCUUCCAAAAAAAACUCCAUCGAAGAAUUCAGGUUCCCUUGGGUCCUCUGUCAUCCAUUCGUUGACCUCCUCCACUCCAGCCUGUAGAGAGAGAGAGAAGAACGAAUUCAUUAAUUCAGGAGACAGAGGGCUCACCCCCAAGUCCCCUGUGGCCCCUCCCAAGGAAGUGGAACCUGCGUCAUCUGAACCCGCCUGGAUGACCAUGGCCCGGGAGAAGACCCGGAGUCUCCAGCAACUCUUUACCAGCAAGCUGGUGCCCAUGGCUUCACCACAGGCUUCCCCUCAGCCCGUGCCCCGUAACAGGGAGGAGUGCAGGCCCAUGUCCUGGUUGCUCCAAGACAAACCUGUCAAAACUGACAUUAUGGAGGGUAACAUGGACACAACAGCAGAGAUGAAGGUCAAGUCUCUCCUCAUGCCUAGAAAGGAAGAAGGAGUACCACCAGAUAUUAAGACAAACCCAACAAAGCAGACAGAGCCUGGGAAGACCUCUUCUCUACCUGUAAUUUCACACAAACCCCUAGAUGAUGUCAAGUGUGAGGUGAAGAUGGAUGGAAGAUCUCCCAUGAACAUUCGCUCCCCAGCAUCGACAAGAACCGCCCUUGCCUCUCAGACACUGAAUGAGGACAGAUGGCAGAAAAAAUCUGAAUCGCUGUCAUCAUUAUUAUCAUCAUCAACAUCCAUGUCACCAACAACAGCUGCAGAGCAGCCCAUGUCAAGACACGCUCAGCCAUCUUGGUUGGAACUGGCCAAGAGAAAGUCCCUGGCUUGGAGCGACAAAGCCAUGGAUUGAAAUAGCUGAAGAACUCAAAGGAAUGACUGAGCAUGAGACAUACGGAGAUCCCAGCAGACCCUGUGCUCCGCUCUGUUGUUAACAAGUGGCUUGCGGUGGAAUUGUGUCUAGUCUGGAAGUGUAAGACAACUGACUUUUUUAAGCAGCAGAAUGUUAACAUGGAACUGCUUUUCUGUCAACAGAGACUAAGCUUCUGUCUGGUUGUAUCACCUUAGCAGCCAUAUCACUACUUAGAACAAGAAUGAUCAUAAGCUACCACAAAGAUAGGACAGGAUACCUCUUGCACAUGGAGUUCAGGUAGAGGAGGGUGCCAACAAUAUUCAGCAUGUUUGCAGCAAGUUCCAGUUUUCAGUUAAGUUCUUACGUUGUGGAAAGAUUUUGCUUAAUAUGUGGGCACUGACUGGGUGACAUGUGCAGACCAGCAGUGACCCUGUAUCUCAUCGCUACAAAAAAAGUUCCAUAGCAUUUGGUCAUCUGCUUUAUAACAGAGAGGCCAAACAGAUGUAGAUAAGGAACAAAUUUAGAAAAUCUAGAUACACCUUUGUGAGAAUAAACAUCUAUGUUUGACAGCCAAAAAGGAAGCAAAAAGCUAUAGCUUCUGAACCAAAUACAUACCUGUAUGUGUAACUGUUAUCGUUACCUUUUUAGUCCGGUGAAUUAUGAUUGCUAAUGAUGACUAUCUUGUGCACAAUCUUUUAAAUGUGGGAAUGAUUCUUCUUUCAACAUUUGUGUGCAUACAACAAGAAAUAUGCCUUAAGAACACACCUAGUUCACCUGAACAGGACGUUAAGCAAUAUGAUGUGGAAAUGUGGCUGUUUAAAAUCUUAUUUAUUGAAUUUUACUUAGUCUAGUUAAAACAGGCUUAGUUGUGAGAUAAUGUAGAACAUUAGUUAUACUGACUGGUGUAACUGCCUGCGGUAGUUGGAGGUGUAACAAACCGAGGAUCUGAACUUCAGAGGUUGAAGGUUCAGGUCUUUGAGCAAUGUAUUUAAAUAGCUUCAGCAGAACAUGAAAAUAGAUCAAGUUUAAAAUAUUACAGUUGUAUUAGGAUAGAACCAUCCCUUAAGCAAAUACUGUACAGAAAUGUGUUGGUAAAGGAGAAGACUCUGCUCAGUGUCCUUUCCCUGGUACCCAUUAGAAAUGUGACCUUUAACCAGAGGAUCAGCAGAUUAACAGUUACUCCUGUUUAGAUUAUGUGAAACACAGCUGCAAGUGAUGGGACUCUUUUACUCCCCGGGGAAUCCAGCACAGCUGUCACAAGGUUUGCAGCAGGGGUCUUCAAGCUGGAGAUACAGCUACACAAUGUGGAAUGAGUGAGGAUGCUGUCCCAGUCGCUGAAAUGUAUAUGCGUUACAUUACAUUUAUUUCUUUAGUAGAUGUUUUUCUCCAAAGCAACAUACAACUCACAGUAAAUGAAAGAGCAACAACUGUCAAAGAGUUUUAGAUGCAGAUAAGUGACUUUCGAAGCAUAGUUAAUUUGUCCAGUACCGCUGUUUUUGCUGGUAUGCAUUUCACGGGAAGCUGCGUUACAGAAAUUGCUCCGAUAGGAAAUACAAAAGUGGUCAUGACAGAGGGUGUGAUGCAAAUUUAUGGAACUGUUAGAUCAGGAGCGUAGCGGAUCUGAACGAAGUGCAUUUUGAGACACUUCCUGAAUGCUAAAAAGGAUUCAGCAGUUCUAGAAAUUCCUUUGUGGUCUGAUCAUAUCCAUUUGAGGCCAGUCAAAGCCAAUCGAAUUCUAUUCUGGUAAAUGUCUUGAAGCAGUACCUCUGAAAAUUUUUUGGACCAAGGACUGGACUUGGGCAUUGGGUCAGACAUUUUAAACCCAAAAUUAACACAAGUAGGAUCAUCAGUAUGUCUCCAUUCUGUGUUUCUGCAGAAAGACAGAUCUGUGACUUGUAUGAUAAAAACUGCAUUCCUUUAAAUAUAUAAGGUUUUAAUAAAAAUGUAUUUCAUUUGGAUUUUGUUUAUGCUUGCAUGAUGAGUCUUUGUAUAUCAAAAGCUCACUUUGCUGUCCCCCCACAAAAAAAAAAAAAAAUGGACCAAACAUGAGUGCUUCCUAUCAUACAGAAUUCAACUUUUAUGUUUUUUGCUUCGUUUGAUCACUUUUUGGCUGUGGUGUUUUAUCAGCUCAAUAUGUGAUACACUUUAGCAUCGGGAAAAA